ACAGAAAACGGGAGCAAAGCCGAGGAGCAAAAGGAGGUGGAGAAGUUGUCAUCCUCACCGUCGCUGCAACUGCCGAUCACUUCCCAAUUGAUGUUUUUAAGGGCCUGAAUUUAAGUUUCAAGCUACUUGGGAGAGCUAGAAUGAAAUUAAUCCUACCUCUCUCUCUCCCAAUGCACAUCCUAAUGCAGAGAGCUGUGGAGAAUGUAGGAACAAAAGAGAUGGUGAAGUCUUUGAUUGGUGGUACCCGUCGAUUCUCUAUUUCUUCACUUCUCAAACCAUGCUCUCCAAUUCUCUUCAUUUUAGUGAUCUUUAGGCCUUCAAUGCAAUUGACUUCAAGAAGUUCAUGGUUGGCACUGAGGAAUUUUAGCCAUGGCAGAGUGAAUUUAGUGAUAUCUCCACAGGGAAAGCCAAAAUUCGAGACUCAUGAAAUUGAGCUGCCUAAAAGAGACAAGUGGAUGACAAAGAAGACGUUGAAGAUGCAAAGGAAAAAAGAAAAGCAAAAGAGAAAGGCUGCCAAUAAAAGAGACCCCAGAAGACUUGGUGUCAAAGGGAAGAAGAAAAAGCAGAGGUUUGCUAAUGCUGAGGAAAGGAUUAAAUACAAGCUUGAAAGGGCUAAAAUUAAGGAAGCCUUGCUAAUUGAAAGACUAAAGCGGUACGAGGUCAACAAGGUCCAGGGUCCUGUUGUUAAGCCACAUGAGCUGACUGGCGAAGAGCGAUUUUACAUGAAGAAAAUGGCCCAGAAAAGGUCGAAUUAUGUACCUAUUGGUAGGAGAGGAGUAUUUGGUGGUGUCAUUCUUAAUAUGCAUUUGCAUUGGAAGAAGCAUGAAACUGUCAAGGUCAUUUGCAAACCUUGCAAACCUGGUCAAGUGCAAGAUUGUGCUAGUGAAAUUGCCAGGCUUAGUGAUGGAAUUCCAAUUCAAAUAAUCGGUGAUGAUACAAUAGUUUUUUAUCGCGGAAAGGAUUAUGUGCAACCAGAAGUUAUGUCGCCCAUCGAUACAUUGUCCAAGAAGAGGGCAUUAGAAAAAUCCAAGUACGAGCAGUCACUUGAGUCUGUUAGACGGUUUAUUGCUAUUGCUGAGAAGGAGCUUGAAUUAUACUAUAGACAUGUGGCACUUUACGGUGACCCAAAUGACCGGAAUCCGAACUCAAUCUUUGAUAAACCAAGAUGGAUGGAAUGGGCUAGGAAGGUUGAGGUAAAAGAAGAUGCAUCUUCAAUAACUGAAGAAUGUUCGCAUACUUUCUUUCAAACAGAAAUUGAUUCGAUGGAUGAUGAAAACUUAGAAUCUGAAGAAAUCUCAGAAUUUGAUGAUAAAUGCAAGAAUAAUACUGCAUCUGCAAUUGAAAUAGAUUAUGGGGAUGAUGGAACUCAUAUUGGGGAAAUAGAGUCAUGUGAUGAAGAAACAGGUAGUGUCUCUUAUACUAGAAUACUAGGUUCAGGAUCUGUACAUCGAAGUAAAUGGAAUGCUGAAUGAGAAUUUGUUUUGAGCAAGAUUUUAUUUCGCAAUAUUCAUUUUAAUUUGUUUACACCCACA